AAUAUAUUGAUCAGUCAUCACGGUCACUGACAGCCAUAUCGGGCCUUGGUCGUCUCACGCCUUGGCUAACUCCUAAUAGAUACGUGAUCUAAUCCAUCAUCGGUCUAUCAUAUAUCAUCCGUCAUCCCACCUUGGUAUCCCCCGUCUACCACCCAUCAUCCACUACUCAGCUAUGUCAGCUCCAACUGGCGACAUUGGCCUCAUUGGCCUGGCCGUGAUGGGCCAAAAUUUGAUCUUGAACAUGAACGACAAGGGGUAUAACGUAGUCGCCUAUAACCGUACGGUCAGCAAGGUCGACGACUUUUUGAACAACGAAGCCAAAGGAACAAACGUUCAAGGAGCUCACUCUAUCAAUGAGCUCAUUGCGAAGCUCAAAAGACCCCGAAAAAUCAUCCUGCUUGUCAAGGCAGGGCCUGCCGUUGAUAACUUUAUCCAGCAGCUCGUACCUCACCUUGAGCCAGGUGAUAUCAUCAUCGAUGGUGGAAACUCACACUACCCAGACACCAUACGUCGCUGCGAGGAGCUCGAAGCAAAGGGUCUCCUCUUUGUCGGCUGUGGUGUCUCUGGCGGUGAAGAGGGUGCAAGACAUGGUCCCUCUCUCAUGCCAGGUGGUUCACCAGCUGCAUGGCCUGCCAUCAAGGAGAUAUUCCAGGCAACCGCCGCACAGGUUAACGGAGAGCCGUGCUGUGACUGGGUUGGCGAGGGAGGUGCCGGUCACUAUGUCAAGAUGGUUCACAACGGUAUUGAGUACGGUGACAUGCAAUUAAUUGCCGAAGGAUAUGACAUCCUCAAACGCGGCCUCGGACUCAGUGAGAGCGAGAUUGGAGACAUUUUCACCAAGUGGAACAAGAGUGUUCUGGAUUCUUUCCUCAUUGAGAUUACAGCCAACAUCUUGAAGUUCAACGAUGACGACGGUGCCCCUCUUGUCACUAAAAUCCUCGAUUCGGCAGGCCAGAAAGGUACUGGCAAAUGGACUGCCGUAGCCGCCCUGGACGCAGGAAUUCCCGUUACCUUGAUCGGCGAGGCGGUGUUCGCACGUUUCCUGUCCGCUGCGAAAGAAGAGCGAGUUCGUGCAAGCAAAGUUCUUGCUGGUCCUCAGAAGGAACCCUUCCGCGGGGAUAAGCAACAGUUCAUCGACGACCUCGAGCAAGCACUCUAUGCCUCUAAGAUCAUUUCUUACACUCAAGGCUUCAUGUUGAUGAGACAAACUGCUAAGGAGCUGAAUUGGAACCUCAACUACGCUGGUAUUGCGCGCAUGUGGCGAGGUGGUUGCAUCAUAAAGAGUGUCUUCUUAAACGACAUCGCAGUUGCUUAUCAGAAGAACAAAGAUCUCGAGUCAUUGCUAUUCGAUAACUUCUUCAACAAAGCUGUUCACAACGCACAGCCGGGCUGGAGGCGUAUCAUUGCCCAGGCUGUUCUCUGGGGCAUUCCAACUCCUGCAUUCAGCACGGCUUUGGCAUUCUUCGAUGGUUACAGGAGCGAGAUCCUUCCUGCCAAUAUUAUCCAAGCCCAGCGUGAUUAUUUCGGUGCCCACACCUUCCGUGUGCUUCCUGGUAAAGAAAACGACAGGCUCAAGAAAGACCAGGACAUUCAUAUCAAUUGGACUGGGCGGGGAGGGACCGUGUCCGCCAGCACAUAUUCCGCAUAAAAUUCAGGCCGCGUGCCCGACUUGUGUGCAUCCCUUUAGACUUCCUUGCGUUUCGCAUGUUGUACCUUUCGUCCGCUCGUGCUAUUUCGUAUUAUAGUGAUAGCAAAUACGACUUGUUUCUGAUGUGUAACAUGUUAGACGUGUCAGUUCCCUUAGAUCGAAGAGUCAAUGUACAG